AUUCUUAAUACCAUUUCUAUUGUGGAGAGAAGCAGGCACCAGGGAUAGUAAGAGAGACUGAUUUUUUUUUUUUUUUUACUUAAGAAGGUGCAGAGCUCAUUUUACUUGAGCUUUACAGUUUUAGAGAUUUAAAAUCUUCAUAGCUGUUAAUUUUUUAAAAUCUUUUCUGGCUGGAUUUCUUUCUCUUCUUUUUUAUUGUUUGAUCCACAUUUCUGUACUUUGGUUCAUUUGCACACCAACGUGGAGCACUGAAGGGUAGAGCUGGCUACGAUUGUUGAAAAAAUAUUUUCGUCUGUUUCACGGACGUUGCUAGUCCUAUUUUUGUCUCAAGCUGGUGUCUUGACGUGAUUUUUGUAUCACCGGAAGCCAUGAGUGCCUUGGUAAAGACGGGAGAUGGCAACAAUGCAAGCUUUGACCUCAUCCAAAAUCGGAUUGAGUCACUGAGCAGCAAGAUGGACAAGCUCAUCAACAUUCAAGAAAAGGUCCUCAACCGACUCGAUGGGAUGUCUCAGGACAUUGACGGCAUUGAAAAGGAUAUGGAGAAUCUGAAGGUUGACAAGGAGGAGAUCCACCUGCCACCCAGGGUAGUGAACCAGACCCAGGUCAUGGGGCGAGAAGUGAGGGAGAUAUGCCAGGAGAUGAGCACCAUCAUGUCAGUGGUGAACCAGCGCUCCGAGCAGCAGGCUCAGAAGCUGGAAGGGAUGGAAAAGCUGGUCCUCAGCAUGCAGCAGGUGAUCAGCUUCAUUGGGGAGACGGUGAAGAGUUCGAGGAUUAUGGAGCUGGUGUUGAAAGGCCCCGCAGCUCGGAAGGGCUUCAAAUCCAAAGACAAUAAAGGGAAGCAAGCUGUCAAGAGAAAAACAUCCACAGAAACGUUAACCAAGAGGCUUGACAAGAAAACUACCUCUAAUAAAGCCAGUAAAGGGAAUCAACAGAUAACUCCUGCAUGUGUGCCCAGUACUCCUCAGCCCUCUCACAGGAUAAAGCUCCAUGGACCAAAGCAUUUCCUCGCCUCUCGAAAAUGUGGAAAGUUUUUGAAAGACCAUAAAGGUAAAGAUGGGACAGAGAAGCCAUGUUUGAGCCCUAAGAAUCAGAAAGCUCAAAAGAAGAUGAAGCCCCCAGACACAACAGAUCAUAUCUCUCUGAAGAAGCAGGUUUUGCUUCUUCAAGAGGUGCAGAAGCUCAACAGGGAAAACACAGAGAAAUCAGGUCACCAGCUCACCCCUGAAUGUCUGGAUCUGGAGGCUGGAGUGCCGCCUAAAGCUCAACAACCCGAUCAACAACCUGCUUGUAAUCUGGUGGACUACCUGCAUGAAGAUUCCCAAGUGGCUGAGAAGCUUGAGGUUGUUGAGGCGGUUGGUGAGGAGGAGGUGGGGGAAAAGGUGCCCGAGGGCGAGGCGGUGGUUACAGAGCAGGAGCCCAAGCUCGAUGUGGAGGAUGAGGUGGAAGAGAAAGAAGACGAAAAGCUCGAAGUCCCGCAGGAAAAGAAGGAAGAGGAAGCUUCUGCUGUAGAAGAAAUAGCUGAAGCCUCAGAGCUCCCCGCUGCCCCUGACAAUGAAAAAGAACCAACUGCUACAAGCUCUGAUGACCACGCUGAUGCCGCCCCAUCUCCAGUGGCCGAGCAAGACCAGACAGCAGAGAUCAGCAGCGCUACUACCAAUUCCUUUGUGAUUGAGGAACACUUUGUAGUGGAAGAACACACAAAGAGCCAGGUGGUGGUGAGGGAGGAAGAGGAGAAGGAGGAGGAGGAGAAGAAGAGGGAGCACAACGAGGACGAAGAACAGAAGCUUGAGUCUGAGGACUGGGCCGUCUUUAGGGCAGAUGGAGUUGAAUUCCAGAUAAACCUCAAACAAAGGUUGGAAAGAGAGAGGAAGGAAAAUGCUGCAGAGAAGGAGGAUGAUGAUGAUGAUGCUGAGCGGUACUUUAUUGACACCACUCCUCCUCCAGCGGCUCCUUUUAAUCACCGCGUUGUGUCGGCCAAGCCCAACCAGAUCAGCAACUUCUACACUAUCAACUGGCAGGAGGUCCUGGGCGGGGGUCGUUUCGGUCAGGUGCACAAAUGUGUCGAAAACUCAUCUGGUCUCACUCUGGCAGCAAAGGUCAUCAAAGCCAGGAGUCAGAAAGAAAAGGAGAUCGUGAAGAAUGAGAUCCAGGUCAUGAAUAAUCUGGACCAUGCCAACCUGAUCCAGCUCUAUGCAGCUUAUGAGUCAAGGAAUGACAUCAUCCUUGUACUUGAAUAUGUUGGUGGAGGGGAGCUGUUUGACAGGAUCAUUGAUGAAAACUACACUUUAAUGGAGCUGGACGCUGUGGUGUUCAUCAGGCAGAUCUGCGAGGGCCUGCAGCACAUGCACAAAAUGUACAUCCUACACCUGGACUUAAAGCCUGAAAAUAUUCUGUGCGUGAGCAGAGUCACAAAUAAGAUCAAGAUCAUCGACUUUGGUCUCGCCCGGAUAUAUAAACCAAGGGAGAAGCUGCGAGUGAAUUUCGGCACGCCAGAGUUCCUCGCUCCCGAAGUCAUCAACUACGACUUUGUGUCCUUCAACACAGACAUGUGGAGCCUCGGUGUCAUCACCUACAUGAUUCUGAGUGGUCUGUGUCCCUUCCUCGGUGAUGAUGACAACCAGACUCUGAAUAACAUCUUGGCCUGUCAGUGGAACUUUGAGGAACAAGAGUUUGUGGAGACGUCCAAAGAAGCCAAAGAUUUCAUCUCCAGGCUCCUCAUUGUAAAUAAAAGUUGGAGGAUGGGGGCAGCUGAGGCCUUAAGACAUCCUUGGCUGUCUGACUCAGUGCUUCAUCACCACCUUUAUACAAAGAAAACUAUGUGCAGAUCAAGGCGAUCAUCAUGUGUGCCCAUGACUGAUAGUUGAGGACUCUACAGUGAUGUGACGGCUCCAGCCAUGGCCACUCGGACCAACCCUCCUGUCCAUGUAAAUGACCUAAAUUUCAGUCAGUUCAUCUGCAGCAUUUUCCUGAAAUGUGAUCCACUGUGUUGUGUUAAUGUAACCAAUAUACCAGAGCAAAAUAUAAAAAGAGAUAACAGUUUUAUUCAAGUGAGAUUUAAUAGUUGAUAGUCGCAGCAAGUGUUGUACUGUACUACUUUUUCCAUGAAUAAUGAAAAGACAGAUGAAGAACAUCUUAUAAUGUUAAUCAGUUGUCUUGCAAUUAAUGUGAUGAAAUCAUGAUAAUGAGAGUAAUAACUCUUGACUAAAUACCUGUUGAGUUUGUGGUGAUGUUUUAUUACAUUACAUUACUUUGUAAGGUUUUUUUUAUUUUUAUUUUUUUUCAUCCUGUUGUAGAUGGCAUUUCAAAAUGAUGCUGUGGUCAGAAUCUAACCUAGUUUAAUUAGACCCAUAUUAUCAUACAUACAUAUAUAUGUACGUAUAUAUAUAUAUAUAUAUAUAUAUAUAUAUAUAUAUAUACAUAUAUAUAUAAAUAUAUAUUGCACUAUCUACUUCACUUUCAAGUAUCCACUCGCCCUCAGUCACCUAUAACCAAAUACACUGUGUUGUCGUUGUUUGCUGCUGUUUUCAUUUACUGCUGAUACUGUAGAUAAUAACUCACGUUUAGAAACAUACCUCAACUGCUUCUGUGUGAAGGCUACAGCAUGAUUCAUAUUAAUGCAACUGGAAUAAUCUGUGCUCUCAGUUAGGAAUGUUCUUUUUGGGCUGUAAAUAGCUGCUGAACUGUAGAGUAAAAUCCAGAUUUUCUCAUAUGUACGUAUGGAGAGAAUGGAAUUUGUGUGCUUGGUGUCAUGAGCUGUAGUAUGUGCACUUUAUACUGAUAUUUAUAUAAACAUAUAUUAUACAUGAAGCUACCGUAGUUCCAUUGAAAACGCUUGUGUGGUCGGACCUCCACGUCUCCUCCAUCUGUUUCAUCCUGCUUUGUCCUGGUGUUCAUAAGCAAAUACAUUUCACUUUUUAUGUCUUAUGAGCUAGGUGUUCAUUAUUUGUUGCAUGUUAUGUGUUUUUGUGUUAUCAGCUAUUAAAGCUUAAACUUGAUAAAUAGAGUAAUAACUGUUUAAUACUUUUUUUUUUUCUUUUCUUUUUUAUUGUAUUGUGCUUGAGCUGUCAUACCACUCUAGAGCCACUCCGGCUGCAUAUUCUUGUCACUGUAGAAGCUUUUUACACAUUACAGAGUUACCUUUGAAAUACCUUCUGUGAAGGUUCACUAACUGAUAGUAACACACUACCUACCUAAUGUUGCCCAAGUGGAUAAAAUAUCGUUUCAACUAAGUUUAUGUGAAUUUAUUUUAACUUCAUGAUGAAUGUGACAUUAACUGUUGUUGAACACGGAGUGCUAGUAAAAGAAGUUGUCCUCACAGAGUGUUAACAAUUUCAAAUUCAGCAUGUAUUUGAUAAGUGUGUACACACCCAUUAAAGUGAAGUUGUGUCUUAAA